CCUAUGUAGGUAAACUACAAAGAGUACAUACAGCAUCAUUCUAUGGCCUGCGUAGUGCACUUAAAAUCUAACAGCGACCUUUUUUGGGAUUCAGCCGGUUUAACGUCUUCGGCGUCACAACAAGCAAGAUAAAGAGUGUGUGCGGGGUUGAGUGUGUGCGCGGUAGACGAGCUACACUUAAAAAACUGUUUACUAUUAGUGAUUUUUAUAGGGGGAAACAGUAAAAUGACUAAAUUGGACGAGUUAAACGUGUUCCUGAGUGAGAGACUGUCGGCGGCGGUGAAUGAGAUUCUCGACACCGUGAGCAGGAUGAUGCAGGAGUACGAGGAGGAAACGGCUCGGGUCCGCAAAGAGAACGACUAUCUGAAGGAAAUGUUAAAGGUUAACGUUACAGGAUGCAGCUUUACAGAAAUAAACCCGGGUGCGGUCCCUUCAGUGACCCUCGGAACACAAGAUGGCAUCUCAAGUUUGCAGCAGGGAACAGAGCCCCAGGAGAGCCUGAGUCAGCACCGGGCAGCAAAGAAAGAAAACGCAAGCAUAAAAUCAGAACACCCUACUCCUCAGUACCCCGCACAUUCUGAUGCGGAGUCUGAAAACAGGCAGACGACAGACGAUGUCACGCAACCUCCUCCAUGCACCUCUCUGCUAAACUCGCACACUGUAGACCAAGACGUGAUCGACUUCGAUCUUCCCAUAAAAGUCAAAGUCGAGGCAAUGAACACAGAAUUGAAUUCAGGAGAUCCAACAGAUAAUAUGGAUGCCAGCAACCAGAGCUGGUCUCCACAAAACUGGGAUCUGUUUUCAGAACGGAGUUAUCAGAGUAGGAUACAACAAGGAGCCGGUUUGAAUCCGUACAGCACCGAAGGGUCUCGUUCCACAGAAACCACGAUUCAAAACCAGCCUGUAGAGUUCCAAGCGGCGUUCAGCUACACAAACAGGACCAUAUGCAAUAACAGGCUGCACUGUACCAGCAGGUACUGUGAACUUCAGAAAAGGACCACGUCCAAGUCGAGCCCUGUAUGGCAGUAUUUCUCACUGAAAGAAGGUGACUGUAGUAAGGCGGUGUGUCUAAUGUGCAAGGCUGUAAUAUCUCGUGGAGUUAAAGAGUACACAACAUCAGCGUUAUUAAAACACCUCCGUAUGAAACAUGGCAAAUGUUGAUUUUUUUUUUGUUUUUUUUUACUUUUGUACUCUUGAAUCAGUAGAAAAGAACGAAAAGACAAAUAGGACAUUGCAAAUGAUCAAACAUGACAUUAUCUGUUUAUGUAUGAAUGACAAGAGUCUCUGAUAUAGCAAAUGAAACCUAUUCUGACCAAAUGUAAUUUCUUUCAUUUGCAAUGCCACAUUUACAUUUAAAGGAAAAGAAAAAGUCAGUUUAGACUGUUAUGUUUUUGCAUGCAUGGUAUGGGCGAUGCAAUGCAUGGGCAAGUUGCUUAUCUUUUAUCUGGAGGCCUUGUCCACAUACAGUAUGCACCGGUGUUUUAAAUCCACACAAACUCCAGUUUAGGUCACUAAAGUCCAGAGCAGCAUGAUCGGUUUAUGCAGUGUUUUAGUCGAGUCCAUUAAUUUAAUUGUUGAGUCAGUUUUUUAUUCAGAAUCAACUCACAGCUUACAAAGGUUAUAUUGUCUAAAACUGACAAAAUUCUUUAAAAUAGUACCACAAAAUUUGCAUCUACAGCAAAAUCACUUCUUCUUUUUAUUUAUAAGUUUAUGGGUGGUUGACAUAACACUGCCAUCUACUGGACUGGAGAAUAUUGUUUUUACUUGGUAUGAUAUUUACAAGUUAUACAGCAUUUCGAUGUUUAUUUAAUACAGUGGCACCUUGGUAUACAAAUGCCCCGCCUCAUGAAUUUCUGCCAUAAGAAGUGAAAUUUUUCAAAACUUGUUCAUAUCAGUGGAAUUCCAAGCGAAGCCAGUUUAAAUAUUUUGUGGUUAAAUACGUAAAAAAACGGGAGCCACUUUCAGUUUUGAUUUUAAAGCAGCCGUUGCCAAGAGGAAUGGUAAAGUUUAGUCAGGUUUUAUGUCUAUUUAUUUAAUAUUUCACUUUAUUUACAUGUCUUCUAAAUGUUUUAAUUGUUCUUUAUGCAAUAAUAUGAUUAUAGUGUUGGAAAUUGGUUAUAUGGAUAAUAUUUUUGGGUGGCUAACAUGGAUUAUCUAGAUUAGCAUUAUUUCCUAUGGGAAAAUGUGUUUUACAAUACAAAACUUCGCCUUAAGAACUCGCCUCUGCAAGGGAUUAAAUUCGUAUGCCAAGGUACCACGGUACUUUUAGUAGUUUUUAAUAACAUUUUCUACCUUUUGAUUCAUAGCUUUACUGAAAACAGGUUUUUUAAAAAAAAGCUUUGACAGUGAAGAUACCUAAAAACUUUUUCAGCAUUGAAACACUAAUGUAUUUUAUUUAUUUUGUGUGUGUGUGGACCACAUGUUUUAUAUUUCCUAUGUUUGACAUUAGAGGGUCACUGACAUUUUUUCAGGCUUCUGAUUGACGUUAUGCCUCUAUGGUAAGAGUUUUAUCGCUGCCUGUUGGUUUGGCAUGCGCUUGACAGCAUGAGGUUUCACAUGGACAUGGAAGAUUUUUCUGGUAUUGAUAAGAGAAAAAAAAAUCCCUUGUAUGUUUGGACUAGGCCUAUGAUGAAACUUUUCCUAUCUUAACAGGACCUGGACUUACUGAAUGGUUUUAUGGGUAUUGUAGAAUCAAUGCUAAGGUGUACUCUAUCUCAUGGGGCAUAACACCUUACUUGUUUUUUGUUUAUUUGUAUUUUUUUUCCCAUUUCUCACUAGUUUAUAGUCCCAGUGUUUUGGGGCUUGGAAAUCUGAGGUGAUGGUUAAAAAAACCUCACAUAGAAGUGAGGAAUGUAAAAGUUAGUGGUUUCAGUACCCUAGUUAAUACUGGUACUUGGAUCAAAAAGGUUACUCCUGGUAUUUUUAUGGGUACAAUUAAUUUGUAUCCAAAACAAAUUCUUAAUCUUAACACUAAAAUAAUAGCUGCACUGUAUUUUGUUCUGAUUGUUUUUUUUUUUAGGAAGGGGGAAAGAUGUUUAAAAAAAUUAUGAAUAUGAAGGUCUGAAAAAGUUAUCAUGCUUAAACCUUGACUGUGGAUUUAAAUCGUUUUGUUUUCAUGCUGUCAUUUUAAUAUGCUUUGAACUUUGUAAUUUAUUAUUCCAGAAAUAAACUGCAGUCAUGUGGGAUGCAAAUUCUGCAUAAAAUUUUAA